AUAAAACUAGCUGGGAGGGUCUAGAAAAACGUUUUAGUACAAUUAUGAGAAUGUUUCCUAUAUCAUUUUCAAUUUCACACUUUCAAAUUUAUUUUUAACCUUAAUUAUCUUACAAUGAAUGAAGCCAUUCUGUUUUAUAUAUGACGCAGAAGUUACAUCGGCGUUAGAUCAAUGUUAUUAUAUCGGAGUGAAAGUUCAAGAAUGACAUAUAGCUAACUAGAACUUUAAUUUCGCACAGUGAUAUAUGAGAAAAGCUGUCAUAUCUGGAAAGGGGAAGACUUAGAAAGUUUAAAUAUGUCUAGAAUUCAAUGCUUAAUCAUGGCGAUGGCUUUAAAAGCAGUCGUAACAGGCCCAACGGAUGUUUAUGUUUCAAAACGUGACGGAAUAGAUCAAAGAAAUUGUGGAAAUCGUCUGUUGCCUCCCUGCAAAUCAUUGGAAUAUGUCCUUCAAAGCAACAAAAACAAUUCAGAACUUGUCAUUAAAAUAGACGGAGGUGACAAUAUGUUAAAACCAUAUAUAUACUUUAUAAAGAAAUCGUUCAUACUUACUACAAAUAUUACAAUCAUAAAAAACGGAAACGUUCGGCCCACGAUCGUUACUUCAGUGGGCAUGUACUUCACUUCAUUCUUAUUCGAAGCCCAUAGAGCGGGGCACACGUUAGAAGUAGAUGGCAUUCGAUUUUACAAAGCAGCGUUAAUUUUUAUAAGGAAAGCUGUGACGGUGAAAUUAUCCAACUGCAUAAUUGAAAAUGGAAUUAAAUUUAUAAAUGCAAUCGGCUAUACAAGACAAAAUGGAUCUUAUAAUAUUAAAAUAAUUAAUUCGAAAUUAAAUAAUUCAUACCUGCAAUUUAAACUUAAUGGUCAUCUAAGGUUAAAUGUUAUCAAAAGCAUCAUUAUUAAAGGUAAAGAUCGCUAUAGCUUUCUGAUUGAACAUGGUAUCGGUAUGGUUUUCUUGAAAAUAUUAAACUGCAUUGUGAGGGAUACAAUCAGUUAUUAUUCGAUUUUUCCAGCAUUGAAAUUUCGAUUUUGCCCAAAAGUAUAUAUAUCGAGUACGCAAUUUAUUGGAAAUAAGAAGGACAAAGUUGCGGUACAGGUCUCUCGUCCAGCUCUAGUUACCAUAAGGAAUUGUACCUUCGAAGGCUUUACAGACACUGCAAUUAAAUUGAUUGGGAUCGAUUCAUUUAAGAUUAUUCAUUCAAAGUUUAUACAUAACAAUGGGCUUGCAGGAGGCGCUUUGUAUACAAAAGAAUGUGCUGGUAUUAUUUCAAAAUGUAUUUUCAAAAAUAAUACGGCAAAAUACGGAGGGGCAAUUUACUGGGAACGCGGUUCAAAAUUACUUAUAAUAGAAAACUCGAGAUUUAUUUCGAAUGCAGCAAAGAUUUCAGGUGGAGGUAUCUAUACUGUAAGAGUAGAAGAAAAAGAAAAAGCUGCCCUUGUUUUAUUGAAAAAUGUUAUUUUAAGAGGAGCAAAAAUCCCGCUACUUUCAGGUAUUCUAAUACAUUCAAUGGCUCCUAUAAUCUUGAGAAAUGUUAGCAUGUAUGUGGAAAGAACACUACCAGGUUUGCCAGGAAUUGGGUUUUCGUGCACCCGGACUUGCAAUUUGGGUAUAUUCAGUGAAAGUUAUGACUUUACCCACACAUGUCCAAAAAACCAUGACAUUGUACCAACCUUUUUAGGCUAUCAUGGAAAAAAGGUAAUUUCAAAAAUUCAAUGUAUCAGAUGCAGGAAAACAACGUAUACAGAACGCGAGGUAAACAUGAGAAUUUCUAACAAUGUAAAUAACUCUACCAUUGUAGUUGUUGACCUUAAAUGCCGAAAAUGUCCAUUGGGCGCAAGAUGUGAUCACCAAAUAACUAGCCGAGGAAACUUUUGGGGAUACUUGUCGACGAAGCAGUAUGGUAUACUAUUUAUACCAUGUCCACCGUUGCAUUGUUGUUCAGCUCACGGCAUAAAAUGUCUUUCUUAUGAUACAUGUGGGAAGAACAGAAUCGGCGUUUUAUGUGGUUCGUGCACGCCUGGUUAUAGAGUAAAUGUUUUUGACGGUGACUGUACUGCCAAUGUGUAUUGUUGGAAGUACUUGUUUUGGCUUCUUUAUAUCUUGUACACUAUGGUCUACAUGAUUUUGUUGUUGUACUACAAAGAUGUAUUUCUAUUUGUUUUGAAACGCUAUAAGUACUUGAGGGAGAAACGGAAUAAAAGAGAUUUAACUGAACCCUUGAUUGACAACUUUGAAGAACGGAUAUCCCAAAACGAAGAAGUAAACGACAACUUUCGUGAAAUAGAGUCAUGGGAAGAUAUGAAUCACUACGAUACGAUAAGCAAUGACUGCGAUAAUGUUAGUGAACCAAGAAAAGAUAUCGAUGUAACCAAUCAACAAAGAAAAUCACAUAUUCCAACAGCCACACAUGUUUUAAGUUCUAGCAUCACAAGAGAUAUUGCUGGAAUUAAAACAAUUUUCUUUUUCUUUUACCAAACCGAUGCUUUGUUACAAAUCAAACAAUAUGACCAUGGAAAUGGAACAGUUUUAAACGAUAUCAAAAAAGCAAUUUCAUCGGUGCUGAAUUUGAAAUUUAUAUCUGCAAAACUCUCGAAAAUAUGUCCAAGCGAAAACCUUACAAACAUUGGCAAAGAAAUCAUUCAAAAUUCUACAGUUCCUACAGCAAUUGCAUUUCUUUUUCUUCUUCUCUUUGCUAGAGCACUUCAUUUUAUAUGGAGCAAGAAAAGUAAGAAAAACCUGCAGCCAACAAGAAAUGCAAUAAAAUUUCAAGUAAGAGUCAAAUUGUGCAUAAUGCAGCUUGUGUUGUUAGGUUACACUGGUAUUUCAGCAUUCUGCUUGAAGAUGGUAAAUUGCGUUAAUAUUAACGACAUACAUCAUUUAUACAUACAAGGUGAUGUUGUUUGUAUUCAUGGUGGCAAUAUCUUAUAGUAGUUUUCCUUUGCAUUUGGAUUGUGCCAUUCCCUUUCACAACAUAUAUGGCGUUAAAGAUGCUGGAGAAGGGAAAGAUAUCUGUUACACAAUUUUACGUCUGCUUUUCUGUUCCUCCAUAUGCAAUUUAUCAGUACAUAGGGAGAAGAAUUGUCUUUGGUCUUGACGUUGAUGAACGAUCCGACAAAAAUAAAGAGAAGGAUAGUAUCCUCGGUUUGUUUACAAAUCCGUAUAGAAUAAAGUCAUCGACAAAAAGUAAAAUGAACUGGGAAGUUGUUGUGCUAAUUCGACGUCUAAUCUUAUCUGCGCUGUGCACAUGCGUCACUAACCCAGUAUUCAAGACGCUUGCUACCUUUCCUGUGCUUCUGGUAAUCCAACUACAUCACUGGUAUAAAUAUCCAUUUUAUAACAACAUGUUAAAUAGAAUGGAAACAGCGUCACUAUCAGUUCUCAUGCUUUUCAAUAUUUUUGAUUUAUUAUGGGCGCUGGAUUACUUGUACGACCUGUCAAACUUGCCAGGUUUUGAAUUGAUCAAUACAAUUUUUACUUGGAUUCGUGAUAUCACCUUAAUACUACCACUAAUGAUUAUCCUUGUUUUUUUACUGAUUACAGCAGUGAGGAAGAUUGUGUUAGUAACAAGGAAAUGUAUCAAAAAAGGAAGUACCUGUCGAUAUAAUUAAAGUAGAAUAUUAAGUAUAACACAACCUUGCAUGACAGUUUAUGUCUCAUAAACCAAUCUAACAGCGGGUUUGGAAAGCUUUUGCAGUUUUUAGACGAGUCAAUUAAACAAGAAACUAUUAAUAAAAGAAACUAUUAAUUUGUAUUAAUGCAGUCAUUUUGACUUGAUUAAGUUAAUGUUAAAUUCAAAAGUUGUUGGAAGACGUACUGCCUAAAUCGAAAGCAAUUUGUUGUGUUUUAUGUUUGACAUUAACAUUGAAAUAUUGUAAAUAUAUGUAUAUUUUGUAAUGUAUAUCCGACCUCAUUCUUUAUAAAAAUUAUUUGUGGUCUUAACAAACUUUUCGUAAAUUUCAUAAGAGUCUUUUUACAUAACUUCUCACUUGAAAGUCACACUUUCGCCUGAAAUUUGUACAGUCGAACUAGACAUAGCUUUUGCGGGAAUCCUCCGUAACAAACUAGAUAGGUUCAAUAUUUUUUGAUUGAGCGGAAGGUAGCUUAGUAUUUAAAUGUAUGGUAGAAUGAUGAAUUUUUUUCUUUUUUUUCACAUUUAAUGCUUUUUUCACACCAUUCGGUUUUUUUUUUUACUACAUUCAGCAUGCCGUUUUCAUUACUAACUUCUUGGGUUUUGGAUUAUGUUGUUUUCAAUAUAUUUGAACAUGUGUGCUUUUUUAAAACCCAAUUGAGUGGUUAGAUUUAUUAUAGCUGUUAAGAAAAUUAUUUCACUGCAACAUUUCUGUUUUUUUUAAAUAAAAGAAGGUAUUGUAACGUCGCGUAGGAUGUUUUCACGGGGAGCGAUAUUUUUUUUUGUUUUUUUUCCCGUUUAUUUAUUCCUUAACCCCCUGACUGCAUAAAUGCGUUAUUUUGAUUUGUUAAAAAAAACAAUAAAAUAUAAUUAUGUGUGACGUUCUCGUUAUAUAAUAAUUAACCCCGCAUGGUCUGUGAUAAAGUUUCUAGCGCUUUCUCUUCUUUACAAAAAUCUUCACAAAAAUGUUUUCGCUGCGGAAAAAUUUUUUCAUGCGCAAGUUAGUCUCCAGUCCGUUUCUUUGUUUUAAUUGUACAAGGGUGGAAGGCUAUGCUUUAAGUUUAUCUAGUUGGGCAUUAUUGCGACAA